GCCCGGCGCCGCAGUUCGCCCACGUGACCGCGCCCGGCCGGGCAAGCGCGGCAAGGAGCCCACAGCGGCACGGCGAAGGCGCUCCAUUUCCCCCGCCCCGCCGAGCGGAGCAGCGCCGCGAGAGGGCGAACGGCCGGCGGGCGGGAGGCGGAGUGCAGCGACGCUAUGGCACAGGCCCAAGGUUUUGGGAGAAGAUACCUUAAAGCCUUCUUUAAAGGUUUCUUUAUUGCUGUUCCUGUAACCGUGACUUUCCUAGAUAGAGUUGCCUGUGUAGCAAGAGUGGAAGGAGCGUCAAUGCAGCCUUCCCUGAAUCCUGGAGGAAGACAAGCAUCUGAUGUAGUGCUCUUAAACCACUGGAGCAUUCGAAAUUACGAUGUGCAGCGUGGGGACAUUGUGUCGUUGGUGUCUCCUAGAAACCCUGAACAGAAGAUCAUUAAACGAGUGAUUGCUCUUGAAGGAGACAUUAUCAAAGACCGAGGUUACUGAGGAGUUUGAUGGUUCACAUUAAGAGAGAUCUCACACAGUGUCUCACAUAGAAGAGGACUAAGUUUUGUAAUGCCUAUCAAAGCAAUUAGAGAACUGCUGCAUCUUCUUCCAAAUGAAGACAAAAUUCUACUGCAUGUUUUUAUAUUGUUAUUUAGACAGUUAAGUUGAUAGCAUUGUCUAGUCUUUGGCUGCAGUGUUUAUGUUUCUGUGUUUCCUUAAACUGUUUGUCUAAAAAAACCUUAGACAUUUUGAAGGGCAAGUAUUUGAGAAAGUUGAUAAACCUGUUAUGCUGUUGUUUCGUUGGCUGAACUUCUGUAUCUCUUUAAAGAAAGCUUUUAUUUCUUAACAGAUUACCAGACAUAUCUUGUCUUUUUCUGGUGGGAGAUAUUGAUGAUGUUUGAACAGGUUCAGACAGAUUAGCUUCAGAUACGUUCUUUUGGGAUCUCUGUUAAAUGGAGUCUGAGAAUUUAGGUCAUUUAUUGAUGUAAUAUCAAAUACCUGAGAACUUUUGAACUGUUUCCCUCUGUCAGCUCAAAUAUUCUUUAUUAUUAAUUUAUUCAUUUAACACCCCUCUCAAAUAUAGAUUUAUUGUUGCUUUUAAAUUUUUCAUAAUUAUUUUCCUUUGGUCUUGGCAAGUUAGAUUUAAAUUGUUUCACUGUUACAAUUAGUAGCAUUCUUAAUCUUUUUUCGAUCGUUCAUGCUUGAAAUUAUCUGAACUUGGUAAAAAUAGCAUUUAUAUAUGUGUGUGUGUAUAUUGUCGAAGACUUCCUAAAUUCUGGAUUUUUGUGCCCAUUGUACAAGGGCUGAGGAGGUAGGCUUAACUGUGAUGUCUAUAGCUGGUUACAUGCAUAAUCUCUUAUUGAUAGCUUUCUUUUUUUAACUUAAAUUUUUGAAAGAGAGGAAGGCAAGGAAAGAAAAAAGAGAUCUACCCCAGAGGCCACUUAAAGAUGAAGAGAAUGGGACGAGCCUCUUCUGGGCUUUUUCUACAGUGCCGUGGUUGUUGCCCUGAACACUUUCAGGGCAGUGACUGCAGGUUCUCCAGGACCAACUUGGCCUCUCUGCUGGUUUCUGUUGAUGGUGCUUUUUGCAGCAAGCUGUUCAGGUGCGGAUUUUGCUCCCAUUUAACUGGUUGUGAAGCUUUGUGCAUUUAUAUUUCUGGAUCUUGCUCCUGGGCUAUUUAUAUAAAAGUUACCUAUUAGCAUUAUCUACUAAUUUCUACAUAUUCCUGAGUAUAAAUUUAUAAUCCAAAACCUACAAAGUGAGAGGUAAAAUGCAUUCACAAGAAAACCAACAUCAUAGACGUAUCAAUGUCUUCAGACUUGAUUCGAGCCCAUGAGGACAAAAGCAUUUGGAUGUACAAGGUAAAAAUAUUGCAUCAGUGGUCUUGGAGUAUGUCAGUGAAUGACUAAUAAGUCAAAAACAGACUUCAGUGCAAAAAGUGAAAUGCUGUAGGGUUUUAAAUAGAAAAUAAAUGUUAAAAUACAGGACAGAAGCUCUCCCUUUCAUUUUUCUGUGGUUAAUGUGAAUUUGUGUUAUAACUAUGCUGAAAAAAAUCAAAGAUCAUUUCAUAGGAAAUGUGAGACUCAGUAUUUGAUAUGAAGGCUAAAAGACUCUGCAUGAAUAGAACCAUUUACAGUAAGGAAAGUUUUUGUUUCUUCUCUUAGUAGUGGCUACUUUAGGGCUUGAAAUCAGUGUUUCCUCCUAUGCAUGCUUUCCAUGUUGUAUAUUCAGUGCUGGAAGAAAAUCAUAUAAUUUGUAGUUAAACUUAUUGAAUCCGAGGACUUCUGUAAUAAACGAUUGAGAUCUGAAUGAUGAAA